AUGGUGCGGACUGUUGACCUUUGUUUACCGAUAUUGAGCGGUGAUGAUGAUCAGGAGGAAAAAGGUGUUGAUCAAUUUUCAAUGAAAGAUGAAUUGGAGUCGCUACAACAGGACGACUUUGAUGCAGUCAGAGAGCUCCUUCGUGCUUUACGAGUAUUGAAAAAACGCGGCAUCGCACAGAGAGUUGCCAUUGCCGCGUACGUAUCUGGAUGCGCACGUGAUACCUCUUGGAUGGUUCAGGGUCAUGAUGAAGGUUUCAAAGUAGAGAUACCAACAGACAAAUGGUACGGGGUGUGUGAGAUGAUGGUGAAAGAGGGCUUUCUUAAGGCCAAAAAUCUCGCAACAGAGCUAGAGGACGAUCGAACUAAUGCUACGUUGUGUCCAGAGUCUGCUUAG